CCACAGAUAGUUGAGUUUCUCUGCGUUCCAGCUCAAGCUAACCGAGUCUAAAGGACCUUAAAGCGUUCGCAGAAGCAAUAGAUGUGGUUAGAGACAAAGGUGUUGCUAUGGCUGUGGCUGUGGCGUCCGCCGAAGACAUUGAUGCGGCGAACGUGCACGUCCAAACUUUUUCAGAGGUGAAGAAAGCUCUCUAAGCUGAUAAGUUUUACUGUAAUAAGAUUGAGAAUCUCUAUUAGAUUUGGUUCUCUGCUGCGAGGGAGUGUAUUGGCAAAGCUAAUAUAUUAAACGUGCGUAAAAAACUUUGUAGAAUAUGAGAGCGUAAAAAACUUGGUAGAAUUGCACUCAGAAAUUUCACCGUUGGAAUUUUGCCCGAAAGCUUACCAAAAAACUAUUUGAUGUAAUAACUCUGUAAUACUAAAUAAAUUUUCAAAAUAAUUCUGGGCGAAACUUUUCUAAAUCUACAUUUAAAUCUAAAUAACUUAACCUAAUAAUUUUACCAAAAGUUAACAACUUGCAUCAAUAUCAAUACAUAUUUUAAUUUUAAAACAAACAUACUUAAAUAGUUACAUAUUCAGAUAUCUUUAAUUAGUAUAUAUAUCUUUAACUUACGGCAUAUUUAUUAAUUUAGAUUUUUUUUUGUAAUUUAAAAUCUUUUUCCUUUAAUGUGUCCUAUAUAUAUUAAUUUUUAAUAUCAAUUUUCAAGUGAAUAAUUAUCCUUAAACAGUACUUUUCUUAGGGUUUGCGGGCUUAAAGAAAUGUUUGAAAAUAUAGUAUUAAAUAUUUUUUUUACCAGCCAAAAAUUUAUUAUUAAUUAGCAUCAGUUAAAAUAUUAUAUAGAUUUUAUCCAAAAAUGACACAAACGUUAAUUUUUAUUCAAUUUUGAUUAAUUUUAAAAAAAGAGUUUCAUUCAAAAAUGACACAAACGUUAUACACACAGAUCAUCAAAAACAAAAUAAAUAAUCAAUAAGUGUAUGCCAAUUGAACGUUAAACAAUUUCCGCGCGUAGCGCGGACAUCGAAUCUAGUAAUUAUGAAAAAUCUUGUACAGAAAAAACUACACUCUAUGGCAAUUUUAUACAAAAUAAUAUUGACUGGCUCCGUAAAUGCUAACAAAUCAAAUAACUUUCUGACCAAACUCAAAAUAAUAUAAUCUUUCAGAUGACAAAAAAAAAAAGAAUGGAAGGUAACUUUUUUGAAAGAUUUGGACACACUGUACAUAGUUUAUUUCCCCCUAGAUAAUAGAAAAGAACUUAUCCUUUUUUACUGACAAAAAGGGGAAACAAUCAAAACAUUUCUAUAUAAUCUGUUUGACCAAAAAUAAACAUUAUCAUUAUAAAAACAUGCAUCCAUGCGUAGGAAUGUAGGAUUAGUCCGUCUCUUUUUUGUAUUCCGGUAAAAAAGAAAAAAUAUCUUCCUGCUUUCUUCUGUAGGACGAGUGAAGCACGUGACCGUCACGCGCAAUCAGCAUCGCUUUUGGCGUGUACGUGAGCGAGACUCGGUAAGUAUUUAAACAACAUUUUCACUCAAAGAAUCAUCAUAUAGCUUUGGUUGAUGUGACCGACGCCGAAUCGGUGCUUCGGCUCUGCAGCGCCAAUUAGAAACAGCCACGUUGCAAAUCAAAUUCACAUCAAACGUACGGUCUCGUUCGUAACGAGUCAGUCGCUAAUGCAUUUAGAAGCGGCGCUUUAAUAGUUCUUUUUUAAUGUUUAAAAAAAAAAGAUUUUGUAACCUUCCUUGCCAUUAAAACUCUUUCUUCUUUGAAUGGAAAAAAUCUUUUCCUUUUAUUUUCUCCUUCAAUGUUCUGUUGAAAUCAUGUCUGUUAAAUUGUGUAGCUGAGUCCAGUGUUCGUCUUGUGUUAUUCUAUCUGACAGGCAGGUGGAGUUUGAUGAAAAUGGAAGCUGUUGUUACUGACAAUGGAGUCAAUCUCAAGCAUAGUGGUCUAAUGGAGACUAAACCGGAGAAGGAUAAACCGGUUAAGCCAACAAGUUUGAGCAGUGGUUCAGACAUAGAAGAAGAAGAAGAAGAGGAGAGAAGUGUGGGAUCUCUGAAGCGAGUGUCUAAUAAGAAACGGAAACGGUCUAUUGCUGAUGAAGGUAGAGUGGCUAAAACCAAAUCUUCAAGAGAGAAGAGAGCUGCAAAUAGGCGCAAAGAAAAAAUAAAUGGUGGUGAAAAGAAACUGAAGCAGAGAAGCUCUGUGAGAAGAAGAGCUAAAACAAAGAAAGAAGACAAGGAACGAGAACAAGAACUGUCACUAGUUCCUUUCAUCGAGCCAACAGAUGCUGGUAACAGUUCUGAGUCAGACUCUCAUGUGAAAAACGAUAACUUCAAUGACUGCAGAAGCAUGACAAGGAGUUUAAGGGCAGCUUUGGGAGAGCUUGCGAUUUGCCAUCAAUGCUUCAAAGGAGAAAGAAGAUUUCUUUUCAUUUGCACUUUCUGUGAAGAGAAGUUGUAUUGUUUCCCAUGCAUCAAGAAGUGGUAUCCUCACUUGUCACAUGAUGAUGUCAUAGAGAAAUGUCCUUUUUGCCGAGGAACUUGCAACUGUGACGUAUGUUUGCAGUCAAGUGGAUUAAUAGAGACAUCAAAGAGGAAGCUCGGUGAUAACGAAAGAUUCCAUCACCUUCAGUACUUGAUUGGAUCAAUGCUUCCUUUCCUCAAAAAGCUAUGCAAAGCGCAAGAGGAAGAGAUUGAAACCGAGGCCAAGAUUCAAGGACUAAUGACUUCCCAAGUUGAUGUAUCCGAGACUCUAUGCUCAAACGAAGAGCGUGUCUUUUGUAACCACUGUGCAACCUCAAUAGUUGACUUGCACCGAAGCUGUCCAAAAUGCUCUUACGAACUUUGCCUCAGCUGCUGCCAAGAGAUCCGUGGAGGGCUGUUUUCAGAACGUCCGGAGUUGAAGUUGAAUUUUGUUUAUAGAGGCAGCAGAUACAUACAUGGUGAAGACGCAGAACCAAGCUCCUCUUCUGUUCUUGACGAUGAAGCUAAUGAUGAUAAACCGUCUGUUAACUGGACUGCUAAUGAUAACGGGAGAAUAACAUGCGCUUCUAAAGACCUUGGCGGCUGCGGUGAAUGUGUUCUGGAGCUGAAACGUAUCUUACCGUUAACUCGGAUGUCAGAUUUGGAGAAAAAGGCAGAGAGGUUCUUAGCUUCUUGCAGCGUCAAGUCUCUGACAGUGUCUAACUGCAGAUGUGAUUCUGAUUUUGAGAUGAGUACGAUGAGGAAAGCAGCUUCGAGAAACAGUUCAAAUGACAACAACCUCUACUCUCCUGAUUCUUUCGACGUCCUGAAGGAAGAGGAGCUUCUCCAUUUUCAAGACCACUGGCGCAAAGGCGAGCCAGUGAUCGUUAGAAACGCUCUCAACAACACAGCUGGUUUAAGCUGGGAGCCGAAGGUGAUGUGGAGAGCGUUAUGCGAGAAUGUUGACUCAGCGAUGUGUAUAGAUUCUUUAGCCAACUGCGAGGUGAAGAUCAAAACUCGUGACUUCUUCGAAGGAUACAGCAAAGGGAGAUCGUACGGUAACUUAUGGCCUGAGAUGCUUAAGCUCAAAGACUGGCCUCCUUCGGAUAAGUUUGAUAACCUUUUGCCACGUCACUGCGAUGAGUUCGUCUCAGCGUUGCCUUUCCAAGAGUACAGCGAUCCUAGAUCGGGUGUUCUCAACAUUGCUACAAAGCUUCCUGAGGGUGUUCUUAAACCUGAUCUUGGUCCCAAGACUUACAUUGCGUAUGGGAAUGCAGAUGAGCUUGGGAGAGGGGACUCGGUUACUAAGCUUCAUUGUGAUAUGUCAGAUGCAGUAAAUAUUCUGAUGCAUACGGCUGAAGUAACACUUAGCAAGGAGCAGCUCUCUGCGAUAGAAGCUUUGAAGCUGAAACACAAGCAGCAGGAUGAGAAGGAGCUUCAAGAUCAGAAUGAUUUAGACAGAGGAGAGAUUGUUGCUGUUAAUGAUGAGAAUGAGUUUCAUCAUGAUGAGACAGGGAGUGCGCUUUGGGACAUAUUUAGAAGAGAAGAUGUUCCAAAGCUUGAAGAGUAUUUAAGAAAGCAUUGCAAGGAGUUCAGACAUACUUAUUGUUCUCCUGUGACUAAGGUUUAUCAUCCGAUUCAUGACCAAACGUUGUUCUUAACCGUGGAGCAUAAGAGAAAACUCAAGGCCGAGUUUGGGAUUGAGCCAUGGACAUUUGUGCAAAAGGUAGGAGAAGCUGUGUUUAUUCCUGCUGGUUGUCCUCAUCAAGUUCGGAAUCUCAAGUCUUGCACAAAGGUAGCGGUUGAUUUUGUGUCACCAGAGAACAUACAUGAGUGUCUACGUUUGACUGAAGAGUUUAGACAACUCCCUAAGAACCAUAAAGCCAGAGAAGACAAACUUGAGGUAAAGAAGAUGGUGAUCUACGCAGUGGAACAAUCCUUGAAGGAAGUGGAGACAUUAUUGCCAGAUUUAAGCUUAAAAGAAGCAUAAACUUAUGUUGUGACUUUUUGUUCUCAAACCUUGUAAUAGCAGGCCUUGUAGAUUGUAAAGCCUUGCAUGGGGAUUGAUUGCUUAUGGAAAUGAUCCCCUUUUUGGGUGUUACUUUUGGACAUGUUGGAUUGGAAGGCCAUUCCUUUUUGGUAUAUGAAAAUGAAAAGUUACUACUACUA